AAGAGGUCGAUCUCCACUGACAUCACCAUGAGGUAAUGCGAUGGAUGCUGGAGAGAGGCCAAUAAUCUAAGCUCGCCCAUAACACAAGGCCCUCUCAAAUCCAAAUCCUUGAUAAAAAAUGUGGGGAGGGAAGGCGAUAGGUUGCUUCAGCCGGCCCAGCCACCAUUUGCACAGUCUGCAGCUGAAAGGGAGGAGAAGAGGUCGAGUAGUUCACACCCAACCAGGAGGAGGCUCUAAAAUAGUCUCCUGCCCCCAUCUUCCGAAGUGUUAUAUAAGGUGGUGCGGCUUGCGUCGUCUCCAUUGGUAGAAAGGAAAGGAAAGGGACUCGCUGACCGACCCCAUCUCCCUCCCUCCAAAGGGACAUCACAACAGCCAUUAAUUGUAGUCUGUUUUGCUUGCUCAACGCAGUGUGCUGUUGGCUAACAGUUGUGUUUGCUUCCGAUCGGGGAUUGAUUCAGGCUAACUGAAGCGAGGAAUCUCUGGUUUGGAGUUUUGAGUUUGGAGGCGAGCCGGCGGUUAGAGCGAGCGAUUAAUCUGCUGCAAAUGGCGACUCAGUGGUUCUCCAAUAUGGUGAUGGAGGAGCCGAGCUUCUUCCACCAGUGGCAAUCGGACGCGACGCUGGAGCAGUACACGGAGCAGCAGAUUGCCGUGGCCUUCGGGCAGGCGGAGCUGGACCAUGCCACGGCGGCGGCGGCGCUGAUGCAGCAGCAGCAGCAGCAGUACGGCGUCGAGCAGCACCAGCGGCCACGCAAGGCGGCCAAGGUGAACACGAGCUGGGACUCGUGCAUCACGGAGCAGGGCUCCCCGGCCGAAAACUCCUCCUCCCCCACCAUCCUCUCCUUCGGCGCCGCCUUCGCCAACAACAAGCCCACCCAGGCCCACUACGGGCCCGCCGGGCCCGUCAAGCUCCCCAAGCAGGAGCUCGACGCGCCCUUGAUCCAGCCCAAGCGGAGCUACGAGGCCGCCAUGGCCGCCGCCGAGCCCUUCCCCAAGGCGGCGGCGGCGGCGGCGCCCGCCACCCGGCCGGCGUCGCAGAACCAGGACCACAUCCUGGCGGAGCGCAAACGCCGGGAGAAGCUGAGCGAGCGGUUCAUCGCGCUGUCGAAGAUCGUGCCGGGCUUGAAGAAGAUGGACAAGGCGUCCGUGCUGGGCGACGCCAUCAAGUACGUCAAGACGCUGCAGGACCAGGUGAAGGGGAUGGAGGAGUCGGCCCGGCUCAGGCGGCCCGUGGAGGCGGCCGUGCUGGUGAAGAAGUCACAGCUGGUUCCCGAGGAAGAUGACGGGUCCUCGUCCUCCUGCGACGAGAACUUCGAGGGCGCCGCCGAGGCCGGCGGGCUGCCGGAGAUCGAGGCCCGGAUGUCGGACCGCACCGUGCUCGUCAAGAUCCACUGCGAGAACCGCAAGGGCGCGCUCAUCGCCGCGCUCUCCCAGGUCGAGGGAUUCGGCCUCACCAUCAUGAACACCAAUGUGCUCCCCUUCACCGCUUCCUCCCUCGACAUCACCAUCAUGGCCACGGCUGGGGAGGACUUCUCGUUGUCAGUCAAGGACAUCGUCAGGAAGCUAAAUCAAGCGUUCAAGUCGUCGUCCCCGUGAAUCAAGGACUUGCUUCAGUUCAAGUCUAAUUUAGAUCUUUGGUUUCAAUUUACCUCCUUUUUAUCAUUAGCCCUGAGUAUUUGGGGCUAAUGGUCGUAGGUUCUUCCCUGCUGGUGCUUCUGAAGAGAGUCUGCUUGCAAUUCCCCCAACACAGUGCCCCUCAAAGAUUAGCCAUUUCCACCUUUUUUAGCCUCAUGGGGUCCAAAACCACCUAGCUACUUCUAUUUUCUCUCCCUCUUUUUUUGCAUGGUUUGAUCUAGUCACUCCAUGUUCUUGGGAGAGAGUAGAGUGUACAAUGAGACAUGUCUUUUUCUAGGGCUAGUUACCAAGGGGAGUUUGACUUUUACAAAAACUCAUUUUUCAUUUCUCCCCUUCUCCAAUGUUGCCCUUUUCACCCAGUUUUUUCAAUGAGAGGAUUGAGUUUUUCAAACCCAAACACCUACCUUUGCCGUCCUCUCAAUCCUACCAUACUAUAUCCUAUCCCCAAAAGGCUUCAGAUAUUGUGGAGAAAAUGGCGCCUUCUUUUUUUCAGCACUGAGGGGGACUUUGCAAGCCUUGAUUCAGAAGUACAGUAGGGUGUGCCUUUUUUUUUAGGGUCCGACAAGUUGGUUGUCCCAGCUUGGUGAACCCUUUCGCUUGUAGUUUCCUUGUGGGUUUUGUUGUAGCAGGAUCAAGAUGUAGCUCUGCACCUUCUUGUUUACUUGCAUACAAGUAUAAAGAAUAAAUAAGUGUGCUGGGUUGUUAACUUAAUGGCUCUCUUGGUUACAUGUCUUUUCAAUAUGUAAAGCUAUGUCAAGCUAUGAAUAUUUGAAAUAUAUCUGCCUAA